AUGGAAGUAUUUCUCUACAAUUCCAAUGUUUGUCGAUUAUGUGGAGAAGAAAAUGAUAAUGGGACGCUAUUAUAUUCCAAUGAAGAAAAUAAUCAAAACUUAUUUAAAGUCAUUAAUACGUAUUUGCCAAUCAAGGUAUCUGAUGAUGGACAACUACCACGUACUAUAUGUCCAGGAUGCACCAUACAGCUAGAGGCCACUGUAGAGUUCCUAAAUCUUAUUAUAAAUGGACAAAAAGUUAUUAGAGAGCUCCACAAUAGAGAGAAAGAAUACAAAAGAAGUUUAUUACUUCCUCCAAGUGAACAGGAUAUUAUAACAGAUAAGAUUAUUUAUGAAGUAAAUACUAGUGAUGGUGUGUAUCACGUAGAACACCCAAUAGCCUUACAAGUUGCUGGACUUGAUAAACCUAAACGAAAACGAGGUAGACCUCCAAAAAGGCCUAAAACUGCUGAAGAAUUAGCAAGGGAAGCUGCUGCAAAAGAACAUGAGGCUAAAAAUGCAAAGAGAAAUGAGAAAGAAGAUGAACCAUUUGGUAAAAGACGAAGGAAAACUCCUACAAGGUUCAAGGAGGCUGUUCAGGGUAAAGAACUGGAGAGGAUUUUCAAAGAAGAAGGAGUCACUGAUGGGGAGGAAAGUGAGAUGGAGAACCUCAAGGGCCAGCUUAUAGACAAGAAGCCGCCAGGACCGAGGGAAUCAGAAGUCAUUGGUCAUUUGGAGGAAUCCGGAGAGCUUGUUGUAGUUGUCAAAGGCAAGGGACGUGGACGACCUAAAGGACCAAUGAUCCCAACACGAAAAGAAUGCGCCAUUUGUGGUAUGGAGUUCACAUGUACUGGUCGGUACAUGUCUCACAUAGCCCAGCACGGACCAGUCCUGUACCAAUGCGAGCAGUGUUCUGAGACAUUCACCACAAGGCUACAUUUCAACAUCCAUCAGAAUGAAGUUGGACACACCGGACAUAAUAUUAUACCCUGUAAGAAAAACCCAGAGAGAAGUAGGAAUAAGAAGGCAAAAGCUCAAUUGGAAACAGUGUCAAUAGAAGUGGAUCCCCUCUCAAAUCCUAAUACAACGCCAGUACAAACGAUAGAUAAUAUGAUAUUACCAGUAGCUAAUUCCUUGCCGGAUCUAAAUCCGCAGCUUGUUGUAGCAGACAAUGAAGUUAGUGCCAGUGACUCCCAGAGGACUGAAAGCCCUAACAUUGAAAUAGUAUCUAGUCCUAUUGCUAAUAGUGAUGUUAAAGUAGUUGAUUCAGGUACAGAUGUAACUGUGACAGAAAAGUCUGAUGAAGUAGACCAAGUAGUAACAACUCCUUCCGGUAAACCAAGACUGAAAUGUCCGCAUUGUGAUAAAACAUUUAGUAGUAAACAAAGCAAGUCUUUACAUAUUAAGGCGACGCACAAGGGCGAGCGUCCGUACGUGUGUGGCGAGUGCGGCGCGCGGUUCGCGUACCCGCGCUCGCUGGCGCUGCACGCCGUCAGCCAUCGCAGGCACAGGUCUACGCCUGCUAAGGGAUACGCCUGCGAUCUCUGCGGGAAGGUGCUGAACCACCCGUCGUCCGUGGUGUACCACAAGGAGGCGCAGCACGCGGGGCAGCGCUACGUGUGCAACAAGUGCGGCAAGUGCUUCAAGCACAGGCAGCUGCUGCAGCGGCACCAGCUCGUGCACUCGCAGGACCGCCCCUACCACUGCAAGUUAUGUAACUCAACAUUCAAGACUAAGGCGAACUUACUGAACCACUCCCUUCUACACAGUGGCGUCAAGAAGUUCUCCUGCGAAAUAUGCAAGCACAAGUUUGCGCAUAAGGCUAGCCUCACGCUGCAUAUGAGGUGGCAUACUGAUAGUCACAUUGCAGGUCAGAAGCCGUACGCGUGUAAUAUCUGCGGCAAGAGUUUCAGUCAGAAGGGCAACCUGUCGGAACAUGAACGUAUCCACACUGGAGAGAAACCGUUCCAGUGCACGCAGUGUCCACGCAAGUUUACCACGUCCAGUCAGUACCGACUGCAUGUACGGAGGCAUAACUCUGAGAAGCCGUUCGUUUGCACACAUUGCGGUAAAAGAUUCGUAUCGCGCGGUUCGUGGGCGGCGCACGUGCGGCGCGAGGCGGGCGGCGCGGGCGCGGGCGCGCGGCCCCACCGCUGCGGCGAGUGCGGGCGCUCGUUCUCGGAGCGCUGGGCGCUGCACAAGCACGCGCGGCACCACACGGGCGAGCGCCCGCACCGCUGCCCGCACUGCCCGCGCGCCUUCGCAGACUGCUCCAACCUCAACAAGCACAAGAAGCAAGUGCACAAGCAGAUCAGUCUACUGGCGACCGCGAACCAACACCAGCUUCCUUCCCCUGUAACUCUAAAGGUGGAGUUACCAGAUUCUCCACCAAUGCAACUAAAGACGGAACACACUGUACCACUACCUGGCGCUCCUCCCGUUAAAAUGCUAGACGAAACCGCAGAGGACGAGUUGGAGGAACGAGUUAUUUAUGUUACGUAUGACGUCGAUGGCAGUAACUCACCCGCGUUCCAUAUACUCGACCCAGAACAAGCAGCAUCUCUAGAAGAUAGUAAAGUGUUAACAACGUGCGAGCUAUACCCCGGUCCGUCGCUGCUGGUCCCGCAGCCUGAGUACGAGGAACUGGAGCUCGAGCACGAGCAACUAGAGCUGGAACCCGAGCAGGGAGAACUCGAGCAACUGCCUGAGGAACUUGUGAUGGAUGGACAUGAACAUAAUAUACCUGUAACAGAUGAGCAGGGCAACCCUCUCCACUUCACCAUGCAGGACGGUACGCGACUGGCGAUUACGUCGGCCGAUGGGAAAUCAUUGCAGGUGAUAACUCAAGAUGGACAGACCAUACCAGUUGAAAUAAAUGGAUUUGCUGAUGAGGAGGAGGUGGAUAAUCCAGACACGAUAGUUCAUCAGCUGAACCUUCAGAAAAGCAUCGAUUCCAACGUCUCGUCGCCGGUCACACAUUACUUUACGAUCGUUUAA